UUUUUAUCCCUCAUAUGUGUUAGGCCAAUUAAUCAUGAGUGAGGCAAAGACAGAGAACGUCGACAGGGACAACCGGGCUGCAAAAGACCAAGUCUUCCUUCUCCUUAACAGACUGUUGCUACAGGAAACGGCUGGGCACAGGCGUUCCAAAGCCUUGUGCUAUGAAGACAUACUAAUGACCAUUGUUGGGACUAGUGUACUCGCAUCAGGAGAUUUUGGAGACGAGCCUCGGGCGCAAUAGAAAGCUUAGACACUACUACCGCUGCACGCAGGCCUAACCUAUACCAGUC